UGUAACUGUCGUAUCUGACCCCCGGUUUGAGUCGAGACCUUACUCCCUUUGAAGACAAUUAUCUGUGGAAUAAUUCCUGAAACGUGCCAGGGUUGCGCCCCCUUUCCAUGUGUGAUCCCUAAUGGGCAGCUGGUCUCGCAGUGCGGUGCUGGAGCUGUACAGGGCGCUGCUCCGAGCAGGGCGUCACCUUCAGUAUACUGACAGAAACUACUAUCGUCGGGCUGUGGCUCGCGAGUUUCGCCGCUGCCAGGCCCUGACUGUACCUGAGGAUAAGGAGGAGGCACUGAGGAGGGGCCAGUUCUUCCUCAGCAGCAGACUGGGUGGACUUAUGUAG